AUGUUCGAUCGUGCUCUUAUAUUUGCACUUUUAAGUCUGACAUGCGGAGGACGCUUAUCCCCGAAAACAUGGAUACAGGAUCCUAUAGUGCAAUCGUCAGUUUACAAUGCAGGGGAAAUACUAGCCGACACAAUAGAUGCUAUCACAAAAUUACCCACCGCGUUUGCUAACAUCACGGGCUUGGCGUAUAUAAACCUUCCUGUUCUAGGCAAUCAGCGGAAUAUCAACGAUUUGAUCGACAAAUUUAUAACUGACUUCAAGGCCCAUCAGGAUAAUGAAGACGCAACUUUGAAUAUUGUACAACUGGCGUUUAAAUAUGGUUAUACAAUGGAAACGCACACUGUCGAGACUGAAGACGGAUAUCUGGUUACAAUGCAUAGGAUACCGAACAAUGGCCCUGUAAUCCUCCUAAUGCAUGGAUUAUUCGGAAGUUCCGAUGAUUUUGUCAUAGCUGGAUCGGAGAGUGGAAUUGCCUACCUUCUCUCAAAGGAAGGAUAUGAUAUAUGGAUAGGGAAUGCCCGCGGAAAUAAACAUUCGCGCCAUCACAUCAGAUUAGAUCCGUCAAAGCCGAAAUUUUGGAAUUUUUCAUGGCACGAAAUUGGAUAUUAUGAUCUUCCAUCAAUGAUCGACUACGCACUUGGUGUCAGUAAUUCUAGUACAUUAAAAUACAUAGGACACUCUCAAGGGUCGACUGCCUUUUUCGUCAUGGCUUCGGAGAGGGAAGAAUAUAACAAAAAGGUCACUCUUAUGGUGGCUUUGUCGCCAGUGGCGUUUAUGGGAAAAAUUAAAUCACCUCUAGUUAGGCUCCUCGCGCCAGCUUCGUCUUUUAUUGACAGUAUAACCUCAUCAAUUGGUCUGUACGAAAUUUUGCCUGACAGUAGAUUAAUACGCGUAUUCACACGACUUAUAUGUGGCUCUGGGCCUGUAGUAGAAAUUUUAUGCAACAAUAUUUUAUUUUUAAGCGUUGGUUUUGAUUUGGCACAGCUUAAUGUUACGAAUUUGCCAGUGAUUUUCGGCCACUUGCCUUCUGGAGGAUCGUCGAAACAAAUGAUACACUUCCUCCAAAAUGUUGUAUCAAAGGAGUUUAGGAAAUACAACUAUGGUAUGAAGAGGAAUCUGAAACAAUAUGGGUCAAGAACGCCCCCUAAAUACGCGUUACAUCGUGUUACUGCGCCAGUUUCGUUAUUUUACAGUGACUCUGACUGGUUAGCUCAUCCCGAUGACGUCGACCUGUUAUACAACAAAUUACCUAAUGCUAUAGAUAUAUAUAAAAUUCCAUUACAUACUUUCAAUCAUCUUGAUUUCAUUUUAGCCAAAGACCUCAAAAUACUCAUUUAUAAAAGAUUAAGAAAAUUACUGUCAUUUUUU